UAUCUGAUUGGUUGAAUUGUUUGGUCUUUUGAAGGCGGUUUGUUUGGAAUUGUACUAGCUACUGCCAGAGACGGUUUAGAAUCUAGAACAGAGGAUCUUUACUACUGCCAUCGUACAAACAUUUCAUUACAUAUAAUUAACCUAGCUACUGUCCGAAGAAGAAUGGAUGAAUCUACGAAACGCUUACUGCAGCGACUCAUGAGACGGAUACCGACUCAAAUGCUAAGAACAACGCUGGACAAGUGGGGCCGUUUGACUGGGGAACAGCUACAGUCCAUGGAUUUUACUCAGUCAAAAUGGGCGUUAACGGAAAAACUACUCGCCAUUUGCGAGGAAAAUGAGUUGGCAGUUAAACACAUCACAGAACUCGAGAUGAUAUAUAUCAUUGACAAUCCAAACCAAGGAAUGUGGUAUGCCUUCCAGCUCAUGGACCCUGAAGAUGAUGCUCACUCUGUAGAGCUGACGCAGUUCAAGGAACAAUUUAAAUCUCACCUCAGAGAGCUCAUAAGACAUGUGUCUGUCAAAAUAAAGAAGCACACAGAUGAAGCUGUAUGGAUUCGGAUUGCAUGGGGAGACACCUUCUCUCGGCCUAACCACAUGAAACCAACAUAUGUUGUUCACUCUCUUCAAACCCCUUAUGUCUUUGUGACCAGCCUGACUUCGAAGCAAAAGCCCCUGUUAUCCCAGGCCUUGGUUCUGUCCGCCAGAUAUCAAGCUAUCAAGGAUGCUAACCUCAGUGGGCGGAAACUCACUGCCAUUAGAGACCUGCUGAUGAGGCAGUAUCACCAGGUGUUUCCCACCAGGUAUCCCACCCCUCUUGCAGAAAAUAAUCAAACUGUCUCAAACCAACACAUAGAAAGAGAACAAGCUGUGCCUGCAGCAAACAGACUUCAGGCAGCCUAUGAGGCCUUUGGUGGUGGGAUGUUACCUCAGCUACAGUCUGCAGUUUACAAGCUGGAGACAAAAUUCAGAGACCACAGCAACAAGACCAUGACAGAGCGGGAGGAGCCCUUCAGAUGUGUUGUCAAAUUUGCAAGCACCAACCUCCUGGAGUCACUCAGACACUGUGCAUCUUCAGGAAUUGCCUCCACCCCUGUCACACCUCUGCUCUCCUCUAUCCCCCUAAAAGGAAAGAAUUAUUUUGUUAUCACAGACAAUGGCCCUGGUCCCUCCUCACAAAUGCGCCAACCACAGAACUGAUGGGUGACAGGCUCUUGAUUUAAAGCAUUCACAGUGUGGCCUACCAUGUCUAGUCCACCCAUGGUUUGCCUUUACCAUUCUAUCAUCGAUCCAAUGUGUCUUUAUGUGCUUACAUUUUCAAAUAUGUCAGUAGUUGGCAGUAGAUAAUUGUGAUUUUAUUAUCUUUUGUUGGUGUUUAAGUGGCAGAAUGUUACUACCAUGACAUGUUUUGUAUGUCCAAAUGAAAUAUAAAAGCAAGAUUUUUAAUAUUCUUGAAGGUUGUAACUUGUAUUAAUUUUAUCCCACACACUAGUCAUCAUUCCAUCUUUUUUCUGUAUUUUUCAUCAAGCUCUAGUGUUCCAUAAACGUGUUAUGGAGUAUUUGCUUGUGAAAGGUAUGCUGGAAGUAAACUAGCUCCUCAUAA